UGUAUGUAUGUGGUGGUUGCCCAAAUCGAAAGCUAGGGUUAACUUCAUUCCUUAAUUAUUUUUCUUUCCCUUUGGGUUUGGUUUGAAAUGGAAAGCAUGGACGCUCAACUCGAAGUUGAAGACUGGGAGUUUCUCCAUCCAAACGACGACGUUCCCAUCCUCUUCGCCGGGCCCACGCUCAACGCCAUCCGCCACGACCACUUCGCCCUCCUCCCUGAAGAUCAUCAACCCAAUUCCGAUUCCAAUUCCAAUUCUACUUCCAAUUCCGAUUCCAAUUCCAAUUCUACUUCCAAUUCCGAUGUCGAUCGCAACUUCGAUGAUUCCUAUGUCGCCAAUCAGAUUUUCUCCAAUACCACCGCUCCAUGGACUGCAGAUUCCGAUUCCGACACGGCCACCGCGGUGACGGUGCCCGAGGCCGAGCCUGCGGUGGUGGAGAGUUUGAAGGCGGAAGAAGAGCAAGGAGAGAAUCGACAAGUAGAGGAAGUGAAAGAGGAGGGGGAGGAGAAGAGAUUGGUGUGGUGGAAGGUUCCGUUUGAAGUGUUGAGGUGUUGGGUGAACCCUCUGCCUCUGCCUCUCCCUGUCUGGUCUCUCUCUGUGGCUGCUGCUGCUGCUUUUCUUGGACUCCUCUUCCUUGGUAGGAGGUUGUACAGAAUGAAGCGCAAGACUCAGACCUUGAAGCUCAACCUUGCUCUCGAUGAUAAGAAGGUGUCUCAGCUGAUGGGUCGUGUAGCACGUCUUAAUGAAGCAUUUUCAGUGGUGAGACGUGUUCCAAUAGUGCGACCACCAUCUCUGCCAGCUUCAAGUGUGACUCUGAGGCCUGUGAUGAGCAUGAGAUGAACAUGGUUGAAAGUAGUGUGAAAUGCAAUAAUAAUUGUUUAAUACUAACUCUUGUUUGAAUCAUGUACGUACCUAUCUUGUAUCUAUUACGUGUGUGGCACUUGGAUUUUAUGAAGCUUUUCAGCAGCUUCUUGUAUAUCAUUAUAUCCUAUCAUAUUACUUUUCAAUGUCUUCCCAAUGUUUGUGCUGCCAAGUUUACUUUUUUUUAUGAUAAAUAAAUUACAGGCUAGUUUCCAA